UUUUUUUACCGUUUAUAUACACUUUACACUCAACACUGGUCCCGCACUUAUACGUCCCGCCACCGUCGUUGGUACCGGACGGACGCGGUUAUGUUUUGUUGUUUCGUUCGUACGAUCUUUCGCGUUGAUUUUCACUCGUCGUUGUUGUUGCACACAAUAUUAUAUUCUAAGUUUUGCGGGCGUCCAUCAAGCGAUUGAAACACGCUCGUUGUGCCUACGCUAGUGGCAUAAAACAAUCCGGAGAUCAGCUACAUUGACCGUUGUUGUCAAUACAACCCUUGCGGGCAGGUACACAACAGUAGACCCCGAUACUGUACGAGACGUCGCGCGCGCGGACCGGGACAACGGACCACCGAGGCAACCGAUCAGCAGCUGGCCUUCCGGUCGUCGCGCGGGACCACCGCCGCCAACGCCGCGUCUGCACCAGCGGCAGUUGCAUCUGAAGCCGAACCGACGACCGACGGUUGCGUUUCACCGCCGACCACGACUUAAUUAUUUCUCCGCCGCCGCCGCCGCCGUCAUGCCACUGCUCCAUAGAAAACCGUUCUCCAAGAACCCUGUGCCCAGGGGUCUGAGGGACACGGAUGAGGUGUUCUACUGCGAGCUGACCAAAGAAAUUUUCCUCAGUUACGAGCAUUAUGUAGAAAGAAUUAUUUUGUGUAAUUCAUUAGUGUGGUCAUGUGAACUUACUGGUAAAAAAAAUAUGACCUAUAAAGAAGCCUUGGAUUGUGAAUUAGACUCAAAAAAAAUGUUGAAUGACUUUCCGAAUGAGCUUCAAAAACCCAUUUUGUAUUUAUUAUCGUUGACAAAAUGUUCUUCUUUGAAAGAGCUCAUUGAACAAAUAUUUAAUUACGUAAGAUAUAGAUAUUUUGUAUCAGAAAUUGUGGAUGUUGCUUUAGAACAAGAUCAAUGGUUAAAAUGUAGAGUUUUAGCUGUGCAUGCACCUUCUGACCAAAAAAUUGCUGAAAGAAAUCAUCAUACACCAAAAAAAUCAAAUGAUAGUAAUUCAAGUACAGCUCUUGCAUUUUAUAGUUAUGAUGUAGAACUACUCAGUCCUAAAAAAAAACAAAAUCCAAACACUGAACCUAUAUAUAGGGUUGAUGGUGUUCAAAUUCGAAGAUCAAAAGCUUGUUUUACGAGAGAUCGUUGUAGAUUUUUUAUAACUCAUAAUGUUGAGUUUAAAAAUGGUUUGAUUUCACUAAAGGAUAAUGUAGCAAGUAGUAUUGCUAACUUAAAAUUUGAAGAUAUAUUCAGUGGAGAAUCUCCUCAAUUUUCUGAAACAAAAAAGAACAAAGUAUUAGCCAAAAAUGGAUUAACUAAAAAAAGUAAUAAAUUAAUGAAUGGAGGAGAACCAUCCAAAAAGGACGAUAAAUCAAUGCAAGAAACAGUUGAAAAAUUGAAAGAAGAAAAAUUAAAAAUUAAAGAAAAGCGAAAGGAAGAAAAAGAAAAACUAUCCAAGUUUAUGAAAGAAUGGAACAAGAAAAAAGAAGAUCUUGAAUUGGAAGAUUUAAAAGAAUUACCCAAUGUAAAUCCAGUUAAUUUGCGAGUUCCAAAUGAACAUUUUGGGGACUUCAUUAUGAUCUAUGAGUUUUUUCAUAAUUUUUGGUCUCAACUUGAUGCAGGCAGUUAUUUCCCACAAGGAAUGAAUAUAGAAUUAUUAGAAAGAUGUCUAGUAGAAGAGGAAAUAACAGGCCCGUUAAAUACUUUGGUUCAAGUAUUAUUAACAACAAUAUUUGACCUUGAAGAAGAUGAAGAAGCCGAUAUGAAAGAUAGUCAUAUUUCAGGAUGUGAGCCGGUUUAUAAUAUUAGUGAUGAUAAAACAAAAACGGCAGUAAAAUUAGCAACCAACGUUAAAAAUUGGACAACACAGCAUUUGGGCCAACAGUUGAAUAAAAUAACAUUACAACCAACUGUAAUUUCGGAAGUUUUGAGGAUUCACAUACUGUCAUCUGGUGGAAAAUGUUCUGAUAGAAUGACAAAGUGGAUAUACCAUGAAAGAGGAAACUAUUGUCCUACAGAUGAUCCUGGACUUAAUAUUAGAUUAGAACACCCAGAAGUAUUAGCAGCUCUUAGUCGUCAUCAUAUUUCGUGUUUGCCAAUUUCUGACAAAAUAAUGUUAAUUAAUUGCUUGAUGAAUCAAAUAUUAACUUUUUCAUCGUAUCGAAUACAACUACUGAAUACUGUUGUUAAAAUGAAAAAUGACAGACUAGAAGUAAGAAGUGCAUUAGCAGCGGAAAAGAAAAAAACCCUAGAAAUAGUUCAAAAAAAAAAAGAAAUGAAACUAUUGAACGGUGAAGCUCAGAACAUAGAAACUUCUGACCAAAAGGCUAUUAAUAGUAGAUUAAACGAAUGGAACAAAAAACUUUCUGAUUUAACUGAUUUAGGCAUGACUGCUCAAAUAUUGCCUCUUGGAACUGAUCGAGCAUUCAAGAAGUAUUGGAUGUUUGCAUCUAUGCCUGGACUUUUUAUUGAAGAUGAUGAACCUUAUCCUGGAACUUGUCUACCCAAUGGUACUCCUAUUAAUAACAUUAAUGAGAACGAUCCUGUGUCUUAUGUCAAAAAACUGUUUGAAAUGAAUGAAAAAGAAAAUGUUAGUGAAUCAAGAGUCAGUUUAUCCAAUACACCAUCAAAAAAAAGACUUCUUGAUGAGAGUAACAAUACGUCAUUUAUGACCAAUGGGAGUUAUGUAGAUCAAAAAAGGUCACUUUUGCGAUGUUUUGGUCCAGACAGUCAAUGUCCAGUGCACGAUAACAUUGAACAUAGGCUUGCUUGGGGUUAUUACAACACUCCAGAUGAAUUAGAUGGUUUAAUUAAUAAUUUAAAUUCAAGAGGAUUAAGGGAAGGCGAACUUAAGAAAGUGUUGAUACAAGAAAAACCACGUAUACUUUCAAGCAUGGAAAAAUGUACUAAUUGCCUUUUAAACCCGUCUUUGAUGGUCGAAGAUGAUAAAAAAAUUCAAAAACGUUUGAAAACUGAUUUUUCUGAAUUCAAAAAAUUAAAUGUGAAAUUUCUACGUUUAGAUUCUGAUGUUGACACCUCAAUGGAAUUAACUUUAAGAGAGUAUAUUUUAUAUUUAGAACGGAGGUUAAAUACAUCAGCACUCGGUAGCAUUGGGUUGAAAUCUUCAAAUAGAGAUCAAUGGAGGGAAAAUAUUUCUAAUGGCAUUUAUAAAGUCUCUGGUCAAUUGUCAUGGGGUAAUAGGAGUAAAGUGAACGAAGACAACUCUGAAAAAGCUAGUUCGCCAGAACUUAUUAAUUACCAAGAUCCAGUUACAUAUAUCAUUGAUAUUAAAGGUGAUAAAAAAAUAUUUGAGUUGGCUUCAGUUAUCCUUAAAAUAGAACAAUCUAUUGAGCCAAAAUUUCUCAGAAGACCAUUAGGAUUUGACAAAAAAGAAAAAAUGAGUUCAGCCAUAAAUCCUUUAAUGGAUAAGUGGGAAAUGUCACUGAUGAAUUCAUUAAAUUUUUCACAAUUAUUCUUACAUUUAAUUACAUUAGAGAAAAGUAUUGAAUGGUCAAAAUCAAUUAUGAAAGUCAAUUGUGUGUUAUGUCGAAGCAAUAAGGACGAAGAUGUUAUGUUGUUGUGUGAUAACUGUAAUAAAGGACAUCAUAUUUACUGUUUAAAACCAAAACUUAAGAAAAUUCCCCAAGGUGAUUGGUUUUGCCAAAAAUGUGUGCCUAUAGUAAAACAUGAAGAUGAAGACGAUGAACCUGAGGAAAAAUCGAAAUUUGAUAUUUGUCACAUUUGUAAGGAAGAAGGGACAGUGAUAACUUGUGAUGAUUGUUUGAAAAAUUACCAUUUAGCCUGUCUUAAUCCACCAAAACGUGCGCCGCCUAAACGAAAUUGGACAUGCUUCAGUUGUCGACAAACAUCUUGUAAAGAUGAAUUGGAACAGGUUGAGGUGGAAAGGUAUAGCAGGCGUAAGAGUUCGCAGGCUGCCACUGCUAAAAUAUCUGAAUUUGCCCGACAACUGUUACAUGCAUCAGCCAGAUGUUAUGGGGAAGAAGAAAAUAUUACUGAAGAGAAAAGUCGAAGAAGAGGUAGACAUACUGAACAAACAACUUUAACUACAUCUGAAGAUCUGCCCUUAGAUAAUGCUCUUCUUCAGUUACUUUUAAACCAAGUCAUGCAUCAUCCAGAUGCAUGGCCAUUUUUAAGGCCUGUUACUAAGUCUCAGUGUCCUGAUUAUCAUACAAUAAUAAAAACUCCCAUGGAUUUGGGCACCGUAAAGUAUAAACUUAAUAUGCUAUCAUAUAGUACAAAUGCAGAUUUGCUAAGUGAUAUGGAGUUGAUAUUUGAAAAUUGUUUUUACUACAAUUCAGAAAAUUCUGAAGUCUUCAAGUGCGGUGAACAAGUAUACAAUUACUACAAAAAAUUAUGUCAAGAAUGCAAUUUGAAAGAUUUCAGUGAAGAUGGUGUAUAUGAUGGCCCUCCGCUAAAGAAAUCAAAACACAGCUUAUAAAUUUAACUUUUGACUAAAUGUUAGAAUUUAAAUUAGGUUUCUUUACAUAUUCAAUAAUUUACUGAUCAUGUCACUAACUGAUUAUUGUCACAGUGGACCUGUUAAAUUAUUCAUUACAUCUUCCCCUUAGAUUUUCAAAACAUUAUUGAGUAAGUUUAUUUACCAACAGUCUGAUUCAUAUAUGAGUCAUCUGUAAAUCUGUUUAAUGUAUAGUUCAUAAGAACUAUAUAAAUAUUAAAAUAUUAGUUAGAAUAAGACGUAUAGGUUAAAUUAAAUUAGUUAGAAUUAUUUUUUCUACUUGGCAAUGAUGCUUUUUCCCCAACACGCAAAUGACGAAAAGUGUAUUGUGAUCCAUUCUAUUAUUACUAAUAAUAGAUCGUACUUGCUGUAUAUUAAAGCUAACAUUCAUUUAGACUAUGAAACUGUUUUUAAGAUCAUUGUUGUAUUUCCUUAUUAUAUAUUGUGAUUUUUAAAGAAAAUAAUUUUUUAUUCAUACAGAAUUCAAUCAAUUACAUUAUACUUAGGCAUUUUGUAAGGCUAUGACUUAUGUGAACAGCACAUCAUAAUUCUAUUUUAUUUUCAGUUAUAUGAAUAGUGUUUAUAUAGAAAAAAAUUAUUAAUUGUAGUAGAUAUUUUGAACUCGAUACAAUUGCAGUUUAUUUUUAAGGUUGAUCUAUCAAUGUUUUUUUUUAAUUUAUCGUGUAUAUUGAUCCUCAGCUCAAACUUUUUAUUUUGUUCUCUGUAAUAUAAUAUAAUGAGUUUCUUUUAAAACAUAGUGCUAAGUGCUAUGUUUUGUCUAUAAUUAUAAUUAAAAUAAUAAAAAAAAAAACAAAUUUCAAUGUAAUUAUGCGUUUAUGUAUUAGAUAAACGUAGUCUAUCUUUAUUUUCUAUAUUAUUUAAAGUAUUUUAUUUUUAAUUUGUGUAAUUCAAUUCCUAUUUUCGUAUUUUUUACUUAUUAGUAUUUUAAUUUCUUUUUUUUAAGUUAAAUAUUAGUAUACAUUAAAUUUUUUUAAGAAAA